UCUGUGUGAAUGGUGAAAUAAAAAUUGGAGCCAAAAAUAAUAUUUUCUUCUUGUUCAAUUGUUGCACCUUCUUCCGCGCCCCCCGCCAUGACCACCAGCGCUUAACCCGAGUCCACGAGAAAGCUGGCGAUUUUCCUCCAAAGUCCAAUAAGUUUUCCCCGUGACCAGAGCAACACAUGCAUUUCGUCCAACAUCCCGUCAUUGUCAACAACAACAACGUGGUGGACAUACUGCAUCCCGAAAAUAUAGAAUUUGAUGGGCCGCCAGCGGCGCGGAAGAUGAUAAUUGGCUCGUUCUCGAUGUUCGUAAUCUUCUCGUACCUGCAGCUACUCUAUAUCCUGGUGGCCAUCUACCUGGCGCUACACCACGCGCACCAUUAGACCGCCAUUUCUGAAGGAUCAUGUAUCACUUUG